AUGCUGAACGCAGCUCGUCCUUGUCCAUACUUGCGGCUUAAGUGGUCCCUUGCCAGUGUGACUGAGUUAGAGACAGAAAUGUCACAACCUCUACUUCUUGGGAUCAGGCAGGGUAUGUAUUUAAUUUUAACAAUUAUUCUUAUAUUUUACCCCAUCCUCUUUCUAGAGCCUUCUAAAAAGCAAGUGGACAGAGAUGUGGCUGCUUUCAAUGGCUGCUCAGCAGGUCCGGAGGAGAGGAGUGCGCACGCCGAAAGGCUGUCGCAAGCUCCCACAACAGCGCCUCCAUUUCGCAGGGUGGAUAUCGCCCUGGGCUGCUCCUACGUGGGGGAAGACGUACAAGGCUUGCGGCGUGCCCCGGGUGGCUCGUCCUCCGAGCAUCCUGCGACCCUCGUGCUGAGGGGCAUCAAUGUGAGAGAUGACGGGAGCUUGGAUGAUGUAACUGAGUACAAAGUCCCACAGGAAAAUCGUGACCCCUCUUCUCCCAUUGUCUUUGAAGCCUCAGCCCAGUUGGUAUCCAUCCCACAUGCAGAGUCCCUGCUGCACGCAGACUGUGAAGGGGAGGAGGUGAACUGCGAGAUCUCCCCGUACAGCUCCCAGUGGGCUGGCCAGGGGCCCUGCCGUACCUCCUGGUUCAUGGCCACCCUGCAGCUCUCCAGCGGGAUCAGUAUCGUCCUGGUGCUCAGAGGACCCCACUGCAGCAGCCAGGAGGAGGCAGAGGAGCACAAUGCAACACUGCACCCAAAGCUGAGGAUUCCUAUGAGCAAGGAGGGGACGUUGCUGACCACAGUUGAAUUUCAAUCAUCAUCACGCAACGCUUCCCUGCACACGCACCUUGGCGGCUCAGUCACCCUCGACUGCCGCUUUGCCUUGGCUCCCGGCUCCUCGCUCUCCUCCCUGGAGUGGAGGAGGCAGCACCAAGGCAGCGGCCGCAUCGUUUUCCAGUACCAGGUGGGGAGCACAGGGCCAGCAGCCCAACCAAAAGUCCACGUGGAUGUGGCGGAGCUGCUGGGGAGUGGAGAUGCAUCACUCAGCCUGCAAGGAGUGAGCGUGGGAGACGAAGGGACGUACAUCUGUUUGGUGUCCACCCAACUGCACAAGGCCCAGCAUAUCAUCCAGCUGCAUGUGGCCGAGCCUCCAAGAGUUCGUGUCAUUCCAGCAGUGGUGUCAUUCGAGAGAGAUGUGACGACUACUCUGACCUGCAAGAUUGCUGGCUAUUACCCCCUGGAUGUCUCGGUGAGCUGGACACAGAAAACUUCUGAAGAUGACACAGAAGUACCUCUCUCACACGCACGUUUCUCCAGCCACCGGCAAAGCCGAGACGGCACCUACAGCAUCACCUCCUACCUCAGCAUCAGCUCAACCACAGCACAGGCACCAGCCAUCUACAGCUGCCAUGUUUCACACGUGGCCCUGGCAGAGCCCAUCUCUGUGAGUGCCCACCUUAAGGCACCAGAGCAAACGGGAUCGGAAGGACUGGUGGGGGCUUUCAUUGCUACCGUCAUUUUCAUCUUUGUCCUCUUCAUUGUGCUCAGGAGAAGAGCAGCUAAACCAAAGUCUGAGCAACUUGUAAGGACUUCAGAAUAG